UUUCUCUGCGCUCCCGACGUGAAUCUAAAGCUGGACGGUGAGCGAGGAGGCGCGCGCGCUCCCGCCUGCCUGCUCGCGCCAUGUGAGCGCAGCACAGCUGAGGGGGAACUGACGGAGCAGCAGCAACAGCAGCAGCUCGUUUCUAACACGCACAGUCAGACGAUGCGGCCGUUUUCGCGACUCGGCGCGCAUUUGUGAGCGACAUCGCAGUGCAGCCAUGACCUCGGUGUGGAAGCGGCUCCAGCGCGUGGGGAAGAGGGCGUCCCGCUUCCAGUUCGUGGCGUCCUUCUCGGAGCUGACGGUGGAGUGCACCAACAAGUGGCAGCCAGAUAAACUGAGAGUGGUUUGGACGAGACGAAGCAGACGCAUCUGCACUAAGCUUCAUGGCUGGCAGCCAGGCAUCAAGAACCCAUACAGAGGGACGGUGGUGUGGCAGGUGCCUGAGAAUGUGGAGAUUACUGUCACACUCUUCAAGGAUCCAAAUGCUGAUGAAUUCGAAGACAAAGACUGGACAUUCAUCAUUGAAAAUGAAACAAAGGGUCAUCGCAAAGUUCUGGCCUCAGUGGAUGUAAACAUGAAGAAAUAUGUUAACGCCACUUCAGCCCAGUUUGACCUGACGCUCAAAAUGAAGCCUCUGUCUGUGAAAGUGGUGGAGGCCACACUCAAGCUCACUCUGACAUGCAUUUUCCUCAAAGAGGGCAAGGCCACUGAUGAGGACAUGCAGAGCUUAGCCAGUCUAAUGAGCCUAAAGCAUUCAGAUGUGGGAAACCUGGAGGACUUUAAUGACAGUGAUGAGGAGGACAGGAGGACAAGCACAGGAGGAAACAUCAGCAUAGCAGCAACAGCUCCUCUUCCUCCUGUUAGAAGAGUCCAUGAUCAGGCAUGGAGGCCUGCUGCAGAUGCAAACCCGUCUGUCACAGUUCAUUCUGAAAUGGAAUGGAUGAGUGCGUCAGUCACUACUCCUAACCUUCCUCCUCCACCCUCUCUGAAUCCUUUUCUUCCGCUACUUCCACCUCCUCCCAUCCAAUCGCCCCACCCUGCUGGCUCUGUCCAGCACACACGCCCCUCCCCUUACGCCUUCACUGUGCCAGCAUUCAUCCGCGCUCAUCCUCCUGCCCUGCCCAAAAUCUUCCAGCCAACAGCAGGCUCAGUGCCUAUGUCUGUUCCCCGAAGGCCCUCUGGAGGCCAAGCUGACUCUAGUAUGAUGGAGAUCAGCUCUGCUGAGGGUGCUGUAGCGUCACAACCACGCCCCCACUCCUCUGCUUUGCACAGUGUUCCCUCUUUCUCUCUGUCUUCCAACUUUUCCGUCUCUACCUCUCAGCCUACUCCUCUACCUGAUAUUGCGCAGACAGCCACUCAGUCGGCUGCCCCAGGAGUUUGGAGACCUCUCAGUUUUCCCUCUUUACGUCCCCAUCCUUCUGCUUCCAGCCCUGUUACUUCUAGUCUUGGCUCUGCCCAUCCUGGCUCUAUACCGCCCCCUGCACAAUGCCCUUUAAAAUCCUACCGUGCUUCAUUGGCUGAGCCAGGUUCCACUCUCACAAGACCCACCAGCAUGCCUUCUGCUACUGAGACAGCAUCUUGGCAGAGGGAAUGGAAGUCUCCUGAAGUGAAGCCCAGCCUGUGUCCUGUUCCUGCUAGCUUAGCGGAACCCAUUUGUCAUAUGCCUGUGCAAAGCACCCAGACACUUCGCAGACCUGCCUCUUUUUCAUCUCCCCCUGUUUUAGACCCUCCCCUUAAAAAAGCCAUUCAUCAUGUGUAUCCUCCUCCACCCCUAAUUGCACCACAUCCUCCUUUGUCUUCUCCUGAAGUGUCUUCUCCCACCCCUGAUGGUGCUUUCCAACCAGUGAGAGCUGGGUAUUCUACUGUAGCCCCGCCUCCAUCCCUAACACCAUCCGAGGUGGCGUCUGUUCCUGCUUCUCCUUCUUCUUGUUCCUUUGCACCUUCUGAACCCCAACCACCUGCUCACUUACUCCUUGCUGCCAUCCCUCUGCCUGCUUCUGUUGCUUCACCUUUGCUCUCCCCCUCCCUCGCUCCUGCUGUGUCAUCUAUCUCCCCACUCACUCCUCAAGCCACUGUUUCUGCUCUACCAUCAUCUCCCAACAUUUCUGGCUCUGCUGCUGUUGGUUCUGUGGUCACUCCGUCCGUCGACACUCAGACAGACCCUUUCCAUGGGGUCCAGACGUCAGAAUGGAGGCACCAGGUUGUCCCCACCGUGGUUAGACCAAACGUACGCAGACCUACAGCCCCCCUUAAUGUGAAUUCCCCUACCUCUCCUUUUCCCCUCUCUCCUCCUUCACUCUCUCCCCCACCUCCUGUGCUGUCUGGCUCCCAAUUUCUGCCCCAAACUGCCAUCGCUCCCCCGAUUGCACCUGUCCCUGACACGUGUAAAGAAGUGUAUCGGCAGUUGAGCAUAUUGACAGAGGAGGAAUAUCCCAGUGCAGUGAGUCCUGGUGAGGAGAAGACAGAUACCAAAAUAUCAAAUGCUCAUGGAACCCACGACUUGAGACCAUCACCCCGUAAAGCUGGAAUGAUCAGCAUAGCCGGUCAGAGACCAGAGAACUCCAAAGACAAACAUCAAUUGGUUGUUCCUGGGGUCAAGAAACAGGAAGGAGAGACCGCCUGUGGUCUGAAGAUUGUAAAACCAGCACCAGGACCUGAUAGCAUGGCCUCUCUACUGGCCUCUAGUCCCAAAGCUUCCAGUGUCACAGAUGUCACAUAUUUUGAGUUACCCAGGGCUGAGAAGGGUGUUGCAGAGAUGACACCUACUGAAACAGUCCCUCAAAGUACGCUUGCAUCUUUCAUAGUCGCAGAGUCCACAGCUGAGGUCAAGUACUCGAAAUCAGAAGAGCCAACAAAUGCAAAAUCAGUCAAACUGCAGAUAAAACAGGAUAAAGUCAUUCCUGUGAUCCCUGAUAAAGAGGAGACCCCUAAAGCACAAACUGAGUCAACACAGAUUCAGAGUAUCCAAGCAGAUGAGAUUGAGCAAGACAUUAACCUGCUACUUGAGACAGAACUGGCAGUUAGGCCAGAAAAGACUAAAAUGGAUAAGGGAGCCAAAAGCAUGCCUGCUUUUCUGCCCUUUUGCCCAAGAACGCCCAAUUCUCCUUGGUUGCCAUCAACAUCGACACAUAAUACAACUGUAGAUCAGAGCAGAGUUUUGCCAGUAAACAGGUCAGAUGGAAACAAUGAAGAAGUCAGUGAUCAAAAAUCAAAUCAAGAGAAUGGGGCUAUGACAAAUAUUGUGAAUCUUUCAGGGGAUAAACAUGUUCCACAGUUUGAAGAGCUGCAUAAAGCAGAAGGAACGCCAGCUGAUAUUGAGGCAACCUGUGCAGAAAGAUCACAUGUUCCUGAAUUCCCAUCUUGGCAAGAUAUUAAAGCAGGUGAGGGUGAGCAGAGGCCUGCAGAUGAAAGCCCACCACAAGAGAAGAUGUACACAACACCAUGCAUGAUCAGCCUUCUUCCAUCCUGUCCAAGAACUGCGCUUAUACCUGGCUUACCGUCUUUAUUUUUGUCAGAACAAACUGUGGAAUGGCAAUCGCUUAAAGGUUCAGGGAGUAUUACACAACUCAAAGUGAUAAUAACUAAGUUUAUUCAUAAUCUGGGUAUACAGUACCAUGACAUGAAUAUAGUAGGAAAAAUGAUUUCACUGAGGCCAACUUGCCCACGAUCUGUCAGUAUUCCAGGCUUUCCGUCUGUGCCAUUUUAUGCAGAUGACAAGUCAAACGUGGCUAGUCUCCUUCCAACUUGUCCAAAAGCCUCAAGAGUGUCUGGCUUACCCUCAAGACUACCAGUCACCCUCUUAGAAAAUGAAAUCUGGCCCAAGAAUAACACGGUCUUAUGGGAAAGUAAGCUGAAGAAAGAUAAAGUACAGAUUCAUGCCAUGGUGAAUAAAGAUAUGACUGAAGUAAUGUUUUUUAUGAGACCGUCUUGCUCAACAUCAUCUAGGAUCCCUGGACUUCCAUCUGCUCCAAGCUCCACACCACAAGAACAUCUGUGUGUGGUAAAUAUGUUACCAUCUUGCCCAAGGAUUUCUAGCAUGGCAGGGUUUCCUUCCACAGUGUUUCUCAAUAUUGACCAAGAUUUUCAACAGUGUCCUUCUGGCAAGUUGCCAUUAUUUGUUAUCCAAAAGAAAGAUGAUCCAAGAAAGGUAAUCCGUGACCUGGGAGAGUCAUACUAUGAUAUCAGAUUAGUAAGAAAUAUGGUUUCACUGAGACAAACAUGCCCAAGAGCUACCACUGUUCCUGGUUUUCCAUCUGCCCCAAAUAUGGCUGAAUUUCUUCUAGUGUGUCCCAAAACAUCAGAAAUGUCUAAUCUACCCUCAGGACUGCCAGUAGUUAAGAACAAGCCUAUGGAUAGUAGAAGCCCAAAGCUAAGACCUCAGAAACACCCAAGUACUGUAAAUAUGUUACCAUCUUGCCCAAACAAUUCCAAAAUUAUAGGAAUCCCAUCCAUAAUGUCUCUGAAAACAGACGAAGAUGUAAUUCAACAAUGGAUUUUCAACAAGAAUGCACUGAUCAAAAUGCCAAAACAGGAAAAGUCAAACAUAUGUAUUAUUUUACCUCAAAUUAUGGACAUAUUUAAGGAAAACAUUGAUUUUGCAAGGUCUAUGGUGGCCUUAUUGCCAACAUGUCCCCGAAAAGCACAAAUCCCUGGCUUCCCAUCUGCACUAACUCAGAAUGAAGAGAGCUCACACAGGAUGAUAAGAACUGUGACUUCUUGUCCAAAUGUUUCUUGUAUCCUUGGAAUGCCAUCUGUGGUCAACACUGAAUCUAUGUCUUUAGGUAAAUGGCCAGUGAAAACACAGCCAUUCUGGGUGAAAGGAAUGAGUAAUCAUCCAUGCUGUUCCACACUUACAUAUCCACCUCAAUAUGAACUUACAGAUGAUGACGGAAGUAUAAAGAGCAUGGCUUUAUUAGUGCCAUCUUGUCCAAGAAAAGCAAGAAUGUCUGGUUUUCCCUCUGUGCCCACAUUGGAUAAGCAUAUGAUGUCAAAUAUGCAAUCAUCCUGUGCAGAAGUUUCUGAAACCAAUGGUUCCCCAUGGUUAGAAUCAGCCAGCAUAGCUAGCUGUCAUUUGACUACUAUUAACAUUUCAACAGAAAAUUCAAUAGUACAUGAAACAAUUCAAAAUAAUGCGAGCAAAUUGGUUAGCUCAAGGCAGGAGACCACAGAGGAUUUGGGCUUUUGGGCAAGACAUGAGGAAGGAAAAAGGGGAAUUCUGGAGAAUGGGAAAAUACACUACAGAUUGUGGCACUCCCUACCUCCAGACAUGCCACUAAUACUGACUGCUGGGGAGAGAAUUGAAAGUACAGAUGAUGAAAUCCCAAAAACAGAAGAUUACACAGAUGCACGCAUAGAUUACUCUGCUUAUAAAGAGUGCACAUUUGAAGACCUGCAACAAAGACCAGACCAGCUGACGUACAGACACGAGAAUGAAAAAGGGACAGAGGAGGACUCAGAUAAUCUGUUAUCUUCCAUGUGUCGGUCCAAAAGAUCACAGAAAGAGUGGACACCUAACAUGGUGGAUCUCUUUCCAGCAUGUCCAAGAAUUUCUAGAGUACCUGGAUUUCCAUCUUCAGAUUUCUCUAACAGUUAUCUGACAGAGGGGAUGGACUGGCCUACGGGUGCAAGUAUAUUAUGGAGCAAGCCAGCAAGACCAAAAAAGGACGAAACUGUUCUGUCUACACAUUAUGCGGAAAGAUCUGAGCAUAACAUAAACAUGAUUAAAAGUAUGCUAUCUUUGGCUUAUUCAUGUCCUAGUCAAACAAGUAUUCCAGGCUUUCCAUCUGCCAAAAAGCUGAAAGGUUUAGAAACAUCUUGCAUAGCCACAGCUUGCCCUGAGAUAUCCAGUGUAGCAGGUAUACCUUCAAGAUCCCAAAUUCAAGAAGAGAGGCCUCAUGUAGAGUGGCAGAAUGUGAGAAAGUGUUUGUGGAAGAACCCGUCAAAAGAGGAACUGAUUUGCAUCAUAAAUACACCAAUUCAGUAUACUGAUAUUUCGGUAAACAUGGCAACUAUUAUUCCAACUUGCCCUGAGGUAGCACUUAUUCCUGGUUUCCCAUCUGCACCAUAUGCAAAAGAAAGAGGUGUGCUCGUAUGGGGAGAGCCAAGUGUGGAUAUCAUUUCUUCAUCUUGUCCCAUAACAUCUAAGGUUUCUGAGAGUUUGGAGGACAAUCUUGGGAUGUCGAUAGAGACAACAAACUUGAAAGAAACACCACAAGAGCAGCAGUUUGAGCCAAAUGUGGAUAUUCUUUCCUCAGCUUCCUCACUAGUAUGUACAGUUCCUGGCAGUUUGAAGGAUAAUCUUGGGAUGUCUGCACUGCAAAUUCAAAAGGCGCCAAAUAUGUCAGAACUUCUUCCAUCUUGUCCAGUGAUCUCAAGAAUUCCCGGAUACCCCACUAAAAUGGUAUCUAAGGAUUUACAGUGGAUCAGUAAUCAGAUGCUAAAUUUAAGAAAGUCACUGAAGGAAAAGAGAACCAAUAUUAUUGAUGCUAAUAAAAAUAGAAAGGAUAUGAAAAAAAGCGUGGCUUUACUACCAACCUGCCCUCUUGUGGCAAGCAUUCCAGGUUUUCCAUCUGCACAACGACGUAAUUUUCAGAGCAAGCCAAGCAUGCAUAGCAUUCGUUCUGCCUGCCCAGUGCUCUCCCAUAUAGCUGGGUGUCAGAGCAUAUUGAUUCCCAUAUCAUCUGGAUGGCCAUCCAGUCAAACUGUAAUGUGGGCUAGGCAAAAUAAGAGCCCUUCUGUUAUCAUGAGUAUAGCCAAGGAGAACAAGGCAGAUUUUGAAAGAAUGGUGGCUUUGGUGCCAUGCUGUCCAUCAAAAACCUGUAUUCCUGGUUUUCCAUCUGUACCAGAGCCAAAAAUGCAAAAUAUGACUCCAUCUUGCCCUAAAAUAUCCAACAUUGCAGGAUACCCAUCUAAAGAUAAAACAGUGCAUUUGAACUGGUUAGUUGACAGAAAACAAUUGUGGUGUAGCACACCAAAACACAAGUUGGUUCUUAUCAAGGACACAAUAUAUGAAAGCAAAGAUUCACUGAAAAUCAUGUUUGCCUUAGUUCCAACAUGUCCACCACUGGCCACAAUAUCAGGAUUCCCAUCUGCACCAAAGCCAGCAGCUAUUCCUAGUAUGGUAAAUCUGGAACCAUGUAUUCCAAAAAGUUCAAAAAUUAUUGGAUUUCCAUCAAGAGAGAAAAUACAAACAAGACCAUGGUUGGUUGAGAAAAAAAACUGGGAGAAACCUUUAAAAACAAGAUCAGGCCUUCUUAUACAAAGCUCCAUAGACCCUUCAUGUCAACAAACAGACCAUUACAUUGUGAAGAGAAUGUUUGCUAUGGCAUCAACUUGCCCAAGAGAAGCUCACAUUCCUGGUUUUCCUUCUUUACCUCAAGUAAAAGUGGAGAGUUUCUUUUUACAGAAAGAGCCGUAUAUAGAAAAUGUAUUGCAUUCAUGCCCAAGGAUUGCUGUUGCUUCUGGCUUCCCCUCUGUAUAUCCCGUGGUCUCAGUGGAUCCAUUGUGGUCUGUUCAGGAGGAGCCAAUAUGGGUUAAACCAGAGAAAGAGACACCGAUUUUAACUACAAGCACAAUCAAAGACUGUGAAAGAUAUAAAAAAAUGGCACUGCUUUUGCCAGUGUGUCCUAGUGAAGCUAGAAUUCCUGGAUUUCCAUCUGCAAUUAAGCUCACAAAAGUGGAGCACACAAUGACUGCCCUCUUAUCGUCUUGCCCAAAUGUAUCAAGUAUUCCUGGAAUGCCAUCUAGAAAGCAAAUGGCUCAAGCGGAGGACGUAAUACCUUAUUGGCCACUACUUUGGGCAAAGCCUCUGGUGACAAAGGUAGCUGUCAUUUUUACUACCUUCCCCACAACUGAAGACAAAACAAAUAUGUCUGCUUUGGUGUGUUGUUGCCCAAAUGAAGCAAAAAUUCCUGGAUUCCCUUCAUUGUCUGUGUCUAAUCCUGAUUUUAUACAAACCAAUCUGAAUGCAUCAACUUCCAGUCUAACUCAGACACAAAUGGACUCAGAAACUGAAACUGUUACACAUCAUAUCACAGUAGAAUGGGAUCUAGCAAUGGAUGUCAAAAUAUCUGAUAAACCCGUGAAGACUGAAAAUAUUACAGAAAUGUCCAUGUGCGAAGGCGAAAGCUCUCAGCAAGAAGAACAGUCUUUGAAAGAAUAUGAAGUUGUGGAGCAGUCAUCUCCAUGCAAAGCCCACGAUACUACAGACCUGUCAGACACUGAUAUAACCUCUGGAUGGGAGGUACUGGAGGCAGAGGAUCCUUUUACAGAAAAAGAGGGGUCGACAGGUCUUGUUCAAACCAUAGUUGGUGUCUUUCACAAAGGCUAUGAGACAGUAGCUGCCAUGUUGCAGCCCUCUGGUUCUGGAGUGAUUGAUGACCCCUCUUGUUUGAGGGAGUCUGAAAAUGACAUUGCUGUCAAGCCCAGAGAACCUUCUUGUGAACCUGAUGAGGAGCCAGCCCUGAAGAAAAUGUUGCCUGUGUCAGCAUCUCAGCCUCACUUCCCCAUAAGUGCUGAGCCAUACAUGUGGCGUUUGUGUGAUGGACGAUCUGAAUCAUCCUUGUCCUUUAAAGAUACUGAAAGCUGGUUUAGUAAGGAUGGAGAAUGUAAGCUGAUGAAGAAGUGGCCACCACUAACAGAGGCUGACCUACAUGAGAUCACUAAAGAAGAGGAAAUCAAAACUGUUUUGGACACUUCAAUACAAGACAGCAGAGCAACCCUCAAAGGACAUUUUAUUGAUCACAGUAAGAAUGGUAAAGAAGAGCACUUGAAUAAGCCAGUUGAGGAUGAGUUGAGUGCAGCUAUGUCAACAUUAUUUAUAGAAAAGGGGACCGAGAUUCAUAGAGCUCAAGAGGUGUCCAAGUUCCCCCAGCCUCCAAGAAGCAAGUCACUGGGGAAAACCUCUCUGCCAUUCCCACAAAAACUUGAGGCUGGGACUGAAGAGACUGCUGUUUUAACAUCUAAUCAGCCAGUUCCACCACAGCGGACUAGGAAGAAAGACAGUAUUUCAGACCCCUCUCCACCAGUUGUCACUGAUGACCUAGAACCCAUCAUUUCUUGCUCUGUUCCAGCUAUUGUCCCACCUUGUCGCAGCAAGAAAAAUAAUAACCCAACUGAGGAAUCAUUAAAAAGUAAUUCUCAGAUUGAAAGUGUUUCUGUUGGAUCAGAUGUGUUGCAGAGAACUGAAGGAGGUAUUCCUGAGUCUGUAACUGAGGAUAAGCAAGUAGAAGAGGCUAGCCACAAAGAAACUAUCAGAGAUACUUCAGAAAAAAGCCAGGCAACUACACAGGAAAGUUCUGUAGCUAAAAGUAUUGUGCACUCUCCUUCUGAUUUACCUUUCCCAAUGCCUCGGGUGAAGAAACGCCUUAGUGCUUCCUUCCCAGAUGAUCACCAAAAUGUUGCUGGGGAAGAUUUCUCAACUGAAACAAAAAUAUCCACUGGUCAGACUCAAGGAUCUACCAGUAAGGAGCAACCAGAGCUAGUAUCUAUGCCCUCUCAGGAAUUAAUACCACACCCUAGCAAGAGAGAAGAAAACUCUUCUUUGAGUGGGGAUUUUAAAGCUGGUGGUAGUGAAAGUGAAACUGAAAUGGAGAAGAAGAAUCAACUGCUCUCCAUUUUCAAAACAGAUAUAUCUGACUCUGAGACUGUCACAAAAACAGCUGUUGAUACCCAGCCUGGUGAGGAGUUGGAAGACAGAAGACAGCCGGUGCAAAAAGUGUGUGAAAUCAAAGUUGCUGAAGAGAGCUCAAGACAAGUCAAGCCGACAGAUCAUCAAGUUCCAAUGCCACGUGUGAGGAAACAAAGAAAUGGUUCUUUUAAUGCUGAUGUAUCAACUACCUCAGCCUCCAUUCCCGUUCAAACAGAUACAGCUGACAGAGAGGUCACUCAGAACCUUAGUGACUUGAAUUUACCUGUACCACUUCCACGUGUGAAAAAGCGCCUUAGUGGCUCUUUUACAGAGGAAAUCCCUAUGUCUGCUCAAGAACAGAAAGAGUUCACCCAAUUUCUUGAUCAAGGGGAAAAAGAGAAAAGUCCACCUGUUCCAAUUCCUCGUUCAAAGAAGCGCCUCAGUGCUACUUUCCCAGAUGAUAGCCCUACCUCCAGUACCCAAGGUUCCUCCUUAGUGGACCCAACUAAAAGCAAAGCUCCUCUCCCCUCAGGAAGUGAAUCAAUAUUACCUUAUUCACAAAUGUCUUCAGAAGACAACAUCCAGGGGCUUGAGCAACCCCAUAAAGAAUCCUUUGACAGACUGUUGGAUACUGAGAAAAAGGCUACAGUCCAUCCAGAGCCUUCUUUGACUAUUCAUGAAGACAACAGACAACAGUUUGAAGGGGUCAUCCAACACACAGCUGGAGAGAUUGCUAAAGCUGGAAUGCUGAGUGAGACUAAUAUAGUCACAAUUCACAAUCAAAAUACUGAUUAUGUGAAAGACAGUGAUAAAAAUCAGGAAAUAGAAAUAAACAAGAAGGAAAAAGGAGAGGAUAAGGUUCCUUUGGGCUCUGUUUCUUUAGAUGAGACAGCAAUUUCCUUAGAUUUAAUAAGACAAGCAGCAGCUGAUGAAUCUUCUAAUCUACCUGUUCCAAUGCCUCGUGUGAAGAAGCGUCUAAGUGGCUCGUUCCCAGACAGCACUGCAUCUCCCAAUGAGGAAUCAUGUGACCAACAAGAGACUUCAAGUAAGAAUGUUACUGAACCAAUUGUUCGCCUUCGGAGCAAGAAGAAAACAGAAGCAGAAGCCACAGGCCAUCAUGGAAGUUCUGUAGAUUAUACUGCUUCAUCCAGUGAGACAGAGACAGUAAGCCUUGUGGAUUCUAGCCAGUCUCUUCUAGAGUGGUGCCAGAAGGUCACACAAGGUUAUAAAGGGGUAAAGAUCACUAACUUCAGCACUUCAUGGCGGAAUGGACUUGCUUUCUGUGCCAUCCUACAUCAUUUCCAGCCUGAUAAAGUGAAUUAUGAAAUGCUAGAUCCUUAUGACAUCAAGCGGAACAACAAAAAGGCUUUUGAUGGCUUUGCUGCGCUGGGCAUCUCCAGACUAAUGGAGCCCUCUGACAUGGUGAUGCUGGCUGUGCCUGACCGCCUCAUUGUUAUGACUUACCUCAACCAGAUCCGAACACACUUCACUGGCCAGGAGCUUAGUGUGGUACAGAUAGAAAAAAACAGCAGUGAGUCGAGCUAUGUGGUUGGCGAGAAGAUACAGGAAGCAGACCCUGAGGCUGCUGCUCGCUAUUGUGCUGAGAGGCUCCAAAGCAGCUAUGUUUCUCAAGAGACCAAUGGGAAUGUCUCUGACAAAGGGGUAAAAGGGGACACAGAUAGCAGUAGGACUAGUGUACCACCACCUCGAGCUAAGCGGACUCAAGGGAUGAGUCAGGCUGGAGGCACUGAAGGUGCCCAAGUGCCGGUGGCCCCACCAAGGACUCACUCUUCCUCUACCAAGGGUUUUGCUCAUGUCAGGGAUGCAGAUUUGGUAAAGAAGCGUCGAUCCCAACUGAGAGGGGAGUCUUUUGAUGAGGCUGAACUGGCAGACAAGCAAACAGCAGCAGAGAGUGCAUCAGGUCGUGCAGACAGUGGAGAAGCAAAAGGACGACCAGGAUCCCCUGAAAAUGUAGAGGCUGGUGAAGAAAGAACAACAGGAGAUUGCCAGGAUGUCAGUCAGUAUGUCCUUAGUGAGAUGCAGGCUCUAGAGACAGAGCAGAGGCAGAUAGACCGCAGGGCUGGAACUGUGGAGAGAAAACUACGAAGACUUAUGGAGUCUGGAACUGAUCGUGUGGAGGAAGAGACAUUAAUUCAGGAGUGGUUCACACUGGUUAACAAGAAGAAUGCUCUAAUCAGGAGGCAGGAUCAUCUCCAGUUACUGCAAGAGGAGCAGGAUUUGGAGAGGAAGUUUGAAUUGUUAAAGAAAGAGCUCAGAGACCUCAUGGCUGUAGAGGAAUGGCAGAAGACACAGGCCCAUAAAACCAGAGAGCAGUUGCUGCUGCAGGAAUUGGUGUCUCUUGUAAAUCAGAGAGAUGAGCUGGUCCAUGACAUGGACGCCAAAGAGAGAGGGGCACUGGAGGAAGAUGAGCGGCUGGAGAGAGGUCUGGAACAGAGACGCAGAAAGUAUAGUAGUCGAAAAGAGAAGUGCACGUUACAGUGAAGGACAUAUGGAUGAAUAUAUGACAAGAAAUAUAGACGAGAGUGAGAAUGUUGAGGGUGAUGUCAAUUUGCACCUCUCUGUGCUGUGCCAAGUUUGCUUAGAACAAAGUGUUGAAGGGGAAAAGGCUGGAUAUUGACUUUCACUCUUCAAAUAGGACUCCCUGAGGAAAAAUGAGAUGUAGAAAUAGUAUUGGAAGAUUAAUUUUUCAGAAUAUGUAUUUUUUAAAUAGGUAAGUUUGUACCUUUUUGAAUAUGCAAAGAUUUUUUGUGGAAUCUGUUGAAAUGGGAACUUAGAAAGGUUCCGUUAAAAUGUUUUUAAAUGUUGAAUAUGCUUCUUUGUAUUUUGUAGUUUAAAUAUUGCUACAUUUUACUCAAACUACAGUAUACUGCUGUGUCCUUGUAGUUUGUGUUGUAUCCACUGGUUUGCUACAGACAAAUGCCAAAGGACUGUUUGACAAGUAGAUACCAGAAAUUAAUGCUUAAAUAUUGCAAAUGGCCUUUAGAAAAUUGGAUUUUAUUGGAUAAUGUUUAGUUUUUGUGAAGAUCUUAGGUAAAAUCUGAAUGAAUUGAACAAGUUUUACUUGCAUUUUAUACUAAAGAUGUUCUGUUUUUUGAUAAAAGACAGCUGUCUGUAUAUUCAGCCAGGAAAAACAUGCAGAUGGGUGGGAAAUCUGUAGGCAGGAAACUGCAUUUUAGAGACAUGGGAUACAGGUUAUAAAGUGGAGUUUACAUUCUCUUCAAACCAGAUUAAUACUUUAGUUGCAUGGCCUUUGGUGUCUUGCUGUUGGAAUUUCCUGGGUGUGCUCACUGAUUGAUCUCGGAUAUUACCAAAAGAUGAAGAAAACCAUCUCCAACUUGACUACAAAAACAGCAAAUGAAACAGCUAAUUUUUGACACUUUACCAUGGGUCUUAAGACUGCCUUUGUUUCAGUAGUAGGUAGUAGCUCUAUAGAACACAUUGUAUUUAUUUAUUUUAAUACUGUUUUGAAUUGUAUGCACUUCUUAGGAUGUGUGAAUAUAGAAAUAUGUUUAAAGCCCUCCAUGAUGAGUAAAAAAGUGACCUUUUAAUUUUAUUUCUUACACAGGUAUGUUUUCAAAGAUACCCAGCACUGCAUGUUGCUUUACACAGCAACAGACAUGGUGUGCUUAGUGGCAGAAUAGUGGUGAGUUAUGUUACCAGCAGAAACGUGCAUUUCCUGAGAAACGUCUAUAGCAGUAUUAUUUCUGGCAUUCUUAUUACUGGCAAACUACAAAAAUAAUGUAGUUUAUGUAUUAUUUUGUGAAUGUGUGGAUGAUUCUGGUACUUUUCCUUUAAGAUGUGUUAGUCCUGUUUUUAGGGUUGGGGAUCUUUAAAUUGUCACCUUUUGUGGCUUAUGUGUUAAAUAGAGUCACUUGACUCAGCUGUUCACUGAUGUUACUGCACUUAGAAUUGCACUAUUCAGAAAUCUACUUUGGAAAAUAAAAAAUGGUUUUCAUGGUAUCUCAGGCAA